CUCUCUCUCUCUCUCUCUCGUCUAUCAGCUGAUGGUCGUGUAAAUGCCUGUGCACGCAGGAAGUGGCAGGAGAAGAUAAUAAACUAAAGCACACACAGUGGAUUAAAGUCAUCGUGUGCUAAUGCUGUCGGCCUCCGAUCAGGUGAGCUACAGAUGCAGGUGAAGAGAUGGCACAAGCCUGGGGUAAACUAGUGAAACUGGAUUCAUUUCCUGCAUCGGAAGUGUUGCUUAUAAACAGAGAAUGCACAGUGGGAAGAAGAAAAGGAUGUGACCUCUCAUUCCCUGCAAAUAAACUGGUCUCAGGGGAUCACUGCAAAAUCACUCAAGAUCAAGACUCAGGAAAGGUGUGGCUGGAGGACAUGAGCACCAAUGGGACGGUGAUAAACAUGUCCAAACUGGUGAAGAAACAGACGCACUUACUGCAAAACGGUGAUGUCAUUUACUUUGUGUACAGAAAGAGCGAGCCAGAGCAGAAUAUUGCUUAUGUUUAUCAGGCCAUCACGCCAGAAGAAAGUGCCUCACAGGACACUGAAGAUGCUGGAGGAGAAGAGGAAUCCGAUCUCACCGAAACAGAGAGCGAACCGGCACCUGUUGAGCCUGUUAUUGUGAAGCCUUUACCUCAGUGUGGGCAUGAGGAACCCCAGCCAUCUACCUCCACUUCUUCCUUCCACUUCUUCAACAUGUCUUUAUCUACAUGCUCUGGUUAUGAGAAUGAUAAACAAAUCGAGUCUUCAGGUUUUUCCCAGAAUGCCGCAGUAGGAAUCCCUGCGGAUGCAAUAGUGAAUCACUCCUGUCUGAAGAGAACUUACUGGACUGAUGGAGGGCAACAGAUGGUGCUGGAGACGGAAACUGAGAGAAAAAGAAGAAAAAUUGAACAAGAUGAUCAGAUAGCUUUUGGAUCGGCUUACAGUGACUCCUCUGUUUCUCCGGCAGCUCCUCAGCUCAGUUCCAGAGGAGCAGCCGGUACAGAGAAGACCGAGGGAGACAAAACCGAUAAGAUGGAGGAAUCCCUUACAUGCAUCAUCUGCCAAGAUCUGCUGCAUGAUUGUGUCAGUCUUCAGCCCUGCAUGCAUACGUUUUGCGCUGCGUGUUAUUCUGGUUGGAUGGAGCGCUCAUCCCUCUGCCCCACCUGUCGCUGUCCUGUGGAGAGGAUUCGUAAGAACCACAUUCUCAACAACCUAGUGGAGGCCUACCUGAUCCAACACCCCGGAAAAUGUCGUAGUCAAGACGACUUGCGCAGCAUGGAUGCCCGCAACAAGAUCACGCAGGACAUGCUGCAGCCGAAGAUCGAACGUUCCUUCUCGGACGAAGAGGGAAGUUCGGACUAUCUGUUCGAUCUCUCGGAUAAUGACAGCGACACUUCUGAUUUGAGUCAGCCCUACAUGACAUGUCGGCAGUGUUUGGGUUAUCGUAAGGAGCUGAGUUCUGCUCUGUGGAUCUGUGAACCUGCUCCAUCAGAAGCUAAAGCACCUGGAGACGGCCCUUCCACAUCAUCUGAUAAUACUACAGGUCCUCAAGAGUUCAGAUGUCCUCCUCAGGGUAACCACCUCAUCUGUACCUGCUGUCUUCAGCCCAUGCCUGACCGACGCUCUGAACAUCUGCCGCCACAGAUAUCACCCCAGCACUGUAUGGUGUGUCAGAAACCGUUCUGUCAUGUGUACUGGGGCUGCCAGCGGAUUGGUUGUCAUGGUUGCCUGGCACGUUUCAGCGAGCUCAACCUGACUGAUAAAUGUCUGGAUGGAGUUUUAAACAACAAUCAGUACGAGUCAGAAGUACUUCGGAAUUAUUUGAGCUCUAGAGGAAUGACUUGGAGACACAUGCUACAGGAAGCACUUCAGGGUGUACAGCAAGGCUUGUAUCAUCUGUCAGAUUAUAGAAUUACCACAAACUCCUUCCUGUGCUAUUGCUGUGGACUUCGUACCUUUAGAGAGCUGGCGUAUAAAUACAGAGAACAUAUUUCCCCAUCAGAGCUACCAGAUGCGGUAACCACCAGACCAGACUGCUACUGGGGACGCAACUGUCGGACACAAGUGAAAGCGCAUCAUGCUACGAAAUUCAACCACAUAUGUGAGCAGACACGUUUUAAGAGCUAAUCCGGAUGAAGUGCUAAAAGCCUGAUUCUUGAUGUUUGUGGGUAACAAAUCUGCAGUGGGCAGGUGUAAUACCUCUUUUUUUCCACUAGAUGGCAAUCCCAAGUCUUGCCAUUUACACUUGCAACGUCAAUCAAAUGAAUAAUGCAUCAGUCAUUUUUGAGCUGGGGUGAAACUUUAUUUGGAUCUGCACUUUGUAUUUCUUUCCUAUGCUAUUCGUGUCGUUCCGUGUUUUUCAUCGUGAAACGAGACAAAGCUGGCAGUUGACACAGUAGCUGGUGUACUGUAAAUGUAAUUUUUUUUAAUGCAGAUGAAUAUUAUAGUACAGUAUACAACUAAAGGAGUAGUUUAUGCAAAAAUAAAAAUGCUGUCAGUACUUUUGGGAUGUUCUUAUAUUGUAUAAUGUUUUUUUCAUCAUGGGACACAAGCUGAGGUUUUGUUAUACGAGAGUUUAGGAUGAAAAAUUACACUUAAAGUCUAUAUUUAUUAUGCACUGUUGUAUGUAAAGUCUACUUAAUCUAUACAUACAUAUUGUGUUGCUUAAAGGGAUAGCUCAUCAAAAAAUAAAAAUUCUGUCAUUAUUUGCUCACCUUCAUGUUGAUAAUGUACAUACAGUACCUGUAUACAUGUCUCUGUUCUGCUUAACACAAAGGAAGAUUUUCUAAUCAAGAUUAAAUUGUCUUUCAUAGUAAAAAAAAAAAAAAAAUGGAAGUCAGUGAUGCUCCAAAAUGGUUAAAAAAAAUGCUCAAAAUAUUUUUAUUUGUGUUCAGCAAAACAAAGAAAUGCAUACAGGUUUGUAACAACUUGAGGGUGAGUAAAUGAUGACAGAAUUUAAAUUUUUGGGCAAGCUAUCCCUUUAAGACUUUAUAAGUAGUCCAUACAACAUACGAUAUUUAAACUUUACUGUAUUUAUAGUCUUUUUUUAAUAGUUAGAUGGACUACCGUUUAUGUCAAGAGCAUGUACAUGCUUAUUCAACUGUAUUAUACAGAUUUGAAAUUAUGGGAAAUUAUUAACAUUUUCAUUUUUGAAUAGAUUGUUCCUUUAAGAAAUGUUUUGAUUGACUAUAACCUUUGGUGCCUAAGGGUCUGUGGGCAUGUAAUGUUGUUUUCUUGUGUAUAUCUCAGAGCAUAUUCUUGUAAAAAAAAAACAACUAGUGCUUCCAUAAAUUUCAUAACUAUCAUAGUUAAUAAUCUGCUCAAUACUUUUAUACGCUGCUUAGAUAAUAUAAGGUAAAAAAAAGGGAUAAUCACGCUUAAGAGAUCCUAACAGUGCACUAUCGCAACUAUUGCAAUUGAGUAGUCGGCAUCAUUGUACUUUCUAAACUCUGUUUAACUUUUAGACAUAAAAUAUUGUCUACGUUUUUGUCCAUUCUUGUUUUUUAUUUUUACCACUAUGGAGAAAAUUAAGAUCUGUGAUGUCACAGUUGAGGGGUGUGUUUUUGUUCACUCAUGUUGCAGGUCUUUUCGGGUGGGAAUUGACAAAACAGUGUUUAGAGAUUAUUGUAUAACUCAGGGCCGGCGCUUUGUAGCAGGCUUAAGAUUGCACUGCAGGUGAUAAUCAAGUCAGAUCUGUGUUUUUUUAUAAAGUCUUAAAUGCUUUCUCAUCAUCUUAUAAUUAUAGCAUUUCUACCAUUCGCUUGCUUUUGGAAAAAUGUAUAGCACUCCCCAGUUAGAUUGUAACUUAGUAGCAUUUAUAUAUGCACGCUAGGCCAGAUUUAGCUAGUUAACAAUCUCUUCUUUUGCCAGUAUUUGUAAUAUAACUAAUAUGUUUUAGGCAUAUGUUGUGGCCAUAUACUAGCUUGAAUAUUUUUGACUGUAUUUCUUGCCUAUUAAAAUAGUUGUUCUUUUGAAUUUCCCUUGAGUAGUUGUGUUUUAACCACAUUGGUUGUAGCCGUAGUUCUUUAUAGUUUUUAAUUGAUGUGACUUUUGUAUACUGACAAAGCCAACAACACGGUCAAUCUAUUAAAUCGAUUACUAUAUUUAAUAUUUUGAAACAUUUGAGGCAUCAAACCACACAAAGUUCUUAAAGUGACAUGAAUGAAAUUAAAAUUGUCUUUUUUUUCUCAUCCUCUUGUUCUUGUAAACCUUUUGAGUUUUAUUCCAUUAAAGAUGAAAUAAGAUAUUUUGAUGACAGUAACCAUGCAGUUGACGGCACCCACUGACUUUCAUAUUUUUUCAUUCUAUGGAAGACAGUGGGUGCAUACAGAAGUAGGAGACCUGCAGGUUUAA